CUAUUGCUUGCGCCUGGACAGCCGGUCUGCAGCUCCUACAAAACAUACAUCAAAUUCUUCUCGAGCUCAACUCAGGGUCGCCUCGAGAGCUAUCAUAGAGCUUCAUGCGAGUGACGUACAAUAAGAAUGUAUUGUUGCCACCUAAAGCUCCGUGUAACCCUCAGCUCGGGCGGGCAUGCAUUCCUUCCCAAUCAAGCCGCUCAGCCCGAGCCUCACGCCACGGCACUUCCCUUCACUAGAUCCUAUACAAUAUGAUUCACCUCACAGUUGACAGCUUCACCGCAUUGUUACUGUCACGUCAUAUUCACCACUGUGCAAACAUCGGGGGCGCAAGAUAUCGCACCCUGCUUCACCUCAAGAUGCAGUGCAAGGCAUGGCUGCUUCCAGUCACGCUGCUGCAGGGAGUUCUCACUUCCGACGUCGACAUGGAUCCAUUAUCGAACCUCAGGCCCAAUAACAUUUCAGGCUUGAAUUACUAUUUGUACCGCUGGACAGGCUCGUACUAUAAUGGCACUACCACGAUUCGUGUGCAGCCGCAGAAUGCUUUCCAACAGAAAGAAUGUGAAAGAUUUGCACCAGGGCCCAUCAUUGUAUCCUACAACACCUCACUCCUGGCUGUGACGCAGACAAAUGGGCACCUUGUGCAGGAGAACCAUGACGCUGCCAACCCCUUGGCUUUCAGUCUGAGAUUUUGGAACGCCGGAUUGAAGAUUCUGCCAGCUGAGAGCAUGGACACCGGGCCCGUCAGAGAUAUUCAGGAUAUAAGUUCGGACAGGAUGAACACGAAGGAUACACCUGAUGACCCAAAAGCCCCGCCACUAUGGAAUCUUGCAGCUUCCCACAAUGCAGCUCUUGCCUAUUCCUUUACUGGCUAUCGUAACUCGACCACCUCACCACACUCCCUGCGCUUUAACUACACACGAUGUGCUGGUCAUGCACUAGCCUCGUAUAACGGCACAAUCACCGGAACCCAGUCUUUGUCCAUGUCAAACGUUAGUCUCAACAGCGAGCCCAGGGUGAGUGGGCAGUUCAGCAAUGGCAGCGCUUCACUAGAAAUCAAAGGCAUUUAUCAGGGUCAAUCAAUGGAAGGCGCACUACUCACGGGCAACGUAACAAUCAGCUUCAACGGAACGAUUGAUGAGGUGAGAAGUGAUCGGCUGGUACCGAAUACCCAUGACUCGACGCCAAUUUGGCAGUCGACGCUGGGUUACGAAAAAGAUUUGACGGGAAACAGACCUCUGGUUCAGUUGGGCGCCAGCAGUAGUAUGCGGAUCGGUUGGGGCCGGACCAUCGGAGGCUUGGGCUUGAUGGCCCUAUACACCGUGUAAGACGGUGAGGCUCGACAUAGCAAUGUACCCUGUGUUUACAGC